CUCGGUUUGGAUAAAAGUCUCUAGUUGGAAGUUGAUGUUGUCUCUCAAUUAGUUGAUUGUCUUGUGAUCAAACUAAUGUUUUUGUUUUUAAUUUUGUGUCAGUUUUCCCCUUGAUUAAUCAACAUUCCACAAAUGACCAUUUGAUUGUACUCAUUGACCAUCCAACCCAAUCAAGAGUGACCAAGACAAACCAAAAACUGAAGGUAAACAAAGUAACUGGAAAAACACAAUUUGAUUUCCAUUUCCUUGUCAAUUUCAAUUAAAUUGUAAUUCCUGAUUGCAGAUCAACCUCUCAACCAGAAAAGUAGGUUAUAAAAACUUGAAUUGAUCACAGAAUUGUUACAAAUCAGUUGGAUUGGUACUGGUGACAGUUAAUUGUACUCUUAAUUUGGUUGAGUCCUAGUUAAUUAUGGCCUUACGUCGACUUAGUGUUUUUUCAUCAUAUUUUACCAAAAUUGAUGAAAAUAGUGCAAGACACGGAGGAGAGUUAAUUGCUCAGACAAUACAUUCACAUGGAGUGGAACACAUUUUUACCCUUUCAGGAGGUCACAUUUCACCGAUAUUAACUGCCGCUGAGAAACUAGGAAUUCGUAUUUUGGAUACAAGACAUGAAGUAAAUGCCGUUUUUGCUGCCGAUGCGGUGGCUCGGAUUUCGGGUAAACCGGGUGUCGCUGUGGUCACUGCGGGUCCAGGUAUUACCAAUACGAUUACUGGAAUUAAAAAUGCUCAGAUGGCUGAAUCACCCGUCGUGUUGUUUGGUGGUUGUCCGGCAACUCUUCUGAAAGGUAAAGGAGCCCUUCAAGAUAUUGAUCAAAUGUCGUUAAUGAAAUCAGUCACAAAAUGGCAGAAAACAAUCACACGAGUUCGAGAUAUUGUUCCGAUCGUACGAGAAGCUUUCCAAGUAGCUCAAUCAGGAACUCCAGGUCCAGUGUUUGUUGAGUGUCCGCUUGAUAUUUUGUACCCUUACAAAAUGGUUAGCCGAGAGAUGUCUGCUAAAAGUAAAUCUAACGAUUUAAUGUCCAAGUUAACAAAUGGAUAUUUAAAUCUCUAUGCUAAAGAUUUAUUUGCAGGGGCAUUUGACCAGCAAUGGCCCACUGAUCCUCUACCGAUUUCUUUCCCAACACCAAGUGAAGGAGACAUAUCAAGGGUCAUUAGUUUACUUCAAGGUGCUAAACGACCAUUGAUUUUAUUGGGAUCACAAUCAGUGUUACCACCGAUUGGUGCUCACAAAUUGAAACAAAAUAUUGAAUCGUUAGGAAUACCCUGUUUUCUUGGGGGAAUGUCCCGAGGUCUUUUGGGCAGGAAAUCGCCCAUUCAGAUGAGACAAUCUCGUCGGGAUGCUCUGAAAGAAGCUGAUCUAAUUAUUCUCGGUGGAAUAGUAACUGAUUUUCGGCUUAGUUACGGUCGCGUUUUACCAAAAAGUGCCAAAAUAGUUGCCAUUAAUCGUAGUAAAGAGCAAUUGUAUAAAAAUCAUGGGAUCUUUUGGAAUUCGGAAGUUGCCAUUGAAGGAGAUGUUGGUUCAUUUUUCGAUGGAUUAGCUGAUGAACUAAAGAGUAAAAAUUUCACUGUUGAUCAAGGAUGGAUUAAAGCGUUGAGAGAACGAGAUGAUUCAAAGGAAUCUAAAACCUCAACAAUGGCAGAAGCCCCAACAGAUCAGCAUUUGAAUCCAAUUAAAUUGCUCACUGAACUUGAAAAUGUUAUCCCUGAAAAUAGUAUUCUAAUUGCCGAUGGCGGUGAUUUCGUUGGUUCAGCUUCAUACAUUGUCCGACCUCGAGGACCUUUAUGUUGGCUUGAUCCCGGAGCAUUUGGUACACUUGGUUGUGGUGGUGGAUUUGCUCUUGGUGCUAAAGCUGUAAAACCCGAUGCCGAUGUUAUCAUUUUGUAUGGAGACGGUUCACUUGGAUAUUCAAUGAUCGAAUACGAUUCUUUCGUCCGUCAUAAACUCCCCGUGAUCUCGGUUGUCGGUAAUGAUGCUUGUUGGACACAAAUCGCUCGAGAACAAAAACCAAUCCUUGGUUCCGAUGUUUCCUGUAACUUGGCUUAUACUAAUUACGAAAAAUGUGUCGAUGGAUUGGGAGGCAAAGGCUUCCUUUUAGAUGCUUCCAACGGCGAUAACAUGAAAGCGGUUCUAACAGCGGCUAUUCAAUUGGCCCGUCAAGGAAGUCCAACCUUAGUCAAUGUGCUAAUUGGUAAGACUAAAUUCCGAGAGGGAAGUUUAUCCGUUUAAACGAUUCAAUUCCAAUAUUUUAUUCUAACGAAAAAGAAAAUUCGAUUUUAAUAUAGAUUGAUUUCCAACACAAUUAGUGUACCUUGAACACCAAUCAAAUUAUAUCUUCGUCUAAUUAAAUGUUAUGCAAAUGAAAA